AUGCAGGCCGGCAUCCUGUUGCUGAUUGCCGCGACGGCCCGAGCGGCGGCCAGCUCGGACUCGAACUCGACAUCGCCGACCAUGCUACUGUCAACAGCACCGGCUUGCGCAGUGAGUGAUGGCCUGUGGCACGGUCCUCUUGAGUGCGCCAAGUUUGCUGCACUUCAUCGACUGACGCUGAAUAACAACAUCACAGAUGGCGUGCUUCCUUGA